CGCCCUUAUAUCAGAAACGCGACGGCCUUAUGACUAACGUGUACGGUCAUCGGAAAAUUCUGAGGAAAAUUGUCGGGAUAGAGUUUGCUUAGAAAAAAGUCGCGAAAUAACCGGUUUGGUAGUAGAUCAUCUUCGGUGCGAAGAUCAACGGGAAAUUCGUGGUCGAAUCGACACUUUUUUUUAAAUAAACAACACCGCUAAUUGUAAUAUGGCUGAGGAGGGGCCAAUUAUCAAGCCAGUUCAUGGGGUGAACUACCCCACGAUAAUUGGUCUUUGUGUCGGCGGAACACUCUUCGGUAUUUUGGUGUUGGCUGCCACGUACUACUGUUACCAGCGCAGGCGCAGACUUCGUACCAAACGAAAUGGACCGGACCAGCCCUUGGCAUUCCACUCGCACAGGAGACCUACCGCUGUUAAAUCUCCUGCAGGCGCUGGAACAGGUACCCAUUACUUGAAAAAGAGUCCUAGCCCGACUGGAUUAUCCAAGACUCCACCAGGUAUGUCCGUACCUCAUACUCCUAGUCCAACUGGAAGUAUUGUAGGUCCUUUAGAAAGUGGAGUAUCCAGCGGAAGCCCAGUUGAACACCACAAAACAGAGACUCAAGUCGUCAAAGAUAGCUGUAUGACAGAGAAUGAACGUCAAACUCCGACCAAAGAAGAACAGGAAGUGAAUGAAAAGAACUUACAACAAAGCGCCGCUUAUCUGGGACAACUUGUAUUCAAGCUAAGAUACAAACACGACAAAAACGCUUUAAUAGUAUCCGUUGUAAGAUGCAAGGAUUUACCAGCUAAAGAUCCAAACACUGGCUCCAGUGAUCCUUAUGUCAAACUGCAAUUACUGCCUGACAAACAACACAAGGUUAAAACCCGUGUUCUUCGCAAAACCAGGAAUCCCGUGUACGAUGAAGACUUCACUUUCUACGGUAUCGGUUUCAACCAGCUUCCCAACAUCACGCUACAUUUCGUUAUUCUGAGUUUCGAUCGCUACAGUCGUGACGACAUUAUCGGUGAAGUGUUCUGCGCUCUGAAUAAUGUAGAUGUGGCUCAGAUCGAAACUCAGCAGAUGGCUUUGUGUCGGGAAAUUCAGCCUAGAAGUUUAAAGAUUCGAUCCCAGGGCCGAGGCGAACUAUUGGUUUCUCUUUGCUGGCAACCAGCCGCCAAUAGAUUGACAGUAGUGGUACUUAAAGCCAGAAAUCUCCCUAAAAUGGACGUGACUGGUUUGGCUGAUCCCUACGUUAAGAUCUAUCUUCUCUACAAAGGCCAGAGAAUUUCUAAAAAGAAAACUCACGUGAAGAAGAGGACAUUGAUGCCGGUGUUCAAUGAAAGCUUUGUGUUUGACAUUCCAGCAAACAGCCAAACUCUGGAGGGUAUCAGUUUGGAGUUCUUGCUGCUUGAUUGGGACAGGGUAACUAAGAAUGAGGUUAUCGGAAGACUAGAGUUGGGUGGUCCAAAAUGUACAGGGUCGGCCUUGACCCACUGGAACGAAGUGUGUAAUUCACCAAGAAGGCAGAUUGCCGAUUGGCACAAACUAAAGGAGUAAAGAACUAGGCCAACUUGCUGUCAUUUUUAUUUUAAAUUAGACACUAUUUUUUAAAUAAUUUUAUUAUCCUGUUUCAUUUGGGUAAAUUAUUCUACUCGUUUUCAAAAUUAUAUGUUGAUAAGGUAGUACGUAAGGGAAUAGAUAUAAAAAAGUUGUUUUGUACGAAUGAAAAAAAAAUAGAGCAUAUGUUUUGUAUCAGAAAGUACGUAAUAAUGCUAUUCGUGCAUGUUGAAGUGACCGAAAACAAGUAAAAUGGUAAGUUAUUAGUUUAUUACUUUUUAUUUUUGUGAAGAGUUUAUACCGCGUUGGCAACUGUUACUUUUGAGUCGGUAUAUACAUAUGUGGAAGUAUAUCGCACAGGGAUCUUAUUAAGUCGGAGUGAGAGAGAUGCGACGCGCGACGGUGUG